CAAACUUUCUAAGAAAUGUUUGCUUUCUUUCUUCCUCGCUCCUCUAGAGAGAGAAUAAACAAGUAUGCCCACCAUUGUCCCAUCCCAGCAGAGGUCCCCAAGGUGGGGUGUGUUUGUAUGUGUAAGCAACCCAAUAAAACCCAGCAGCAUGGAUGCAGCAAAAGAAGAGAGAAAUAUUUCCUCAAGUCUUUUUGAUUCUCUGAGGGAAAAGCAACAGGGGAGGGAAGAGAGGAGAUGACAGGUUGACAUGGCUGGUUUUACAUGCCUUGUGUGUGUACCCUGCUCUUGCAAUCCUUACCCAGCUGUCCUCACAAACUCAGCUGUGUCACCGAAGCAAACAACAAACCAAAUGUCGACACCAUUCAUUAUGUGUCUAAAGGCAGGACAAAAAAUUCUUAAAAUGCAAAGUUUUUGACUCCAUUCUCUGAAGUUUGGUAUAUAGAUACCCUAUUACUCCGAUGUCUUUUUACAAAUAAAACUUGAAUUUGAUUAUUUCACUGGAAUAUUCCAUCUAGUUCUUAAAGACAGUCAAGAUUUUAUUUCUAUCAAGUUUUCUCCAUAUGUUAUUGGGGUAGUGAUUUAUAAUUCUGGUUUUGAAAUAUCUUCUAAUAUCUCUGGUUAUCUCAGAAGAUGCCAAAAAGUUUUCGAAAAGUCCUCCAAGAAAAAUGUUGAAACAUCUCUAGAGGGCUGUUAAAAUAAUUCCUCUAUUUUUCUCCUUCCAGAAUCGCACCAUGCCAAACUACAAACUCACUUAUUUUAAUAUGAGGGGGAGAGCAGAAAUUAUUCGUUAUAUAUUUGCAUAUUUGGACAUAAAGUAUGAAGACCACAGAAUAGAACAAUCUGAUUGGCCUGAAAUCAAGUCAACUCUUCCAUUUGGGAAAAUUCCCAUUUUGGAAGUCGAUGGAUUGAACCUUCACCAGAGCCUAGCAAUAGCAAGAUAUCUGACCAAAAAUACAGAUUUGGCUGGAAAAACAGAAGUGCAACAAUGUCAAGUUGAUGCAGUCGUGGACACAUUGGAUGAUUUCAUGUCUCGUUUUCCUUGGGCAGAGAGAAAACAAGAUAUAAAAGAUCAGAUGUUUAAGGAGCUACUCACAUGUGAUGCAUCUCAUCUUCUGCAAGAUUUAGACACAUACUUAGGGGAAAAAGAGUGGUUUAUUGGUAACUCUGUAACUUGGGCAGAUUUCUACUGGGAAAUUUGCAGUACCACACUUUUGGUCUUUAAACCUGAUUUGUUGGACAAACAUCCCAGGCUGGUGACAUUACGUAAGAAAGUCCAAAGCAUUCCUGCCAUAGCCAACUGGAUAAUGAGAAGGCCCCAAACCAAACUCUAGGUGAUGCCUGCUGCCUCCAAACUUCAUUAUUCUUCACAGCAUCACUCUCAUCAGAUACGAAGCUACAUCAGCGUGCUGCAUAACCUGCACACUCCCCUCCCCAGCUCCAUCAAGACUUUCACUUCUGCCAUAUUCUGCUUAUCAAAAAAAAAGGAAAAAAGGUGCUGGGGGAGAAAAGGGUUUUGUUUCCAGUAUCCUUUUUAUUCAGAGUAGCUUCACCUUAUUUAUAACUGAAGAAAAAUAGUUUCAAAUACAGGCAGGCUUCGCUUUGCACUAGUUCUGACAUG